AGUCUUCGGAUUGAUUGAAUACAAAAUCCGAGACAGAAGGGCACUACUGUAGGAUGACAAGAUGGACUGUUCGGAUGGACCAAAGCGUCACAGUCGGCAGGCUCCGUUCUACGAUGUUGGCGUCCCCGAUGAUCCAAUCCUUUAUCGUCUUGCGCUAAUAACUAGUACUGUUGGACGCUCUUUAUGGGAUACUGAAACAAUCGAAGAUUUUAUUACGGGAUCUCCCGUAGCACUGGAAGCACUCGUGGAGCAGCCCAUCCUUCAUCAAGCCUUGAGCCCCGGCAAUAUCUUUCUCCCGGGCUGCGCUGAAGGUUGGGAAGGGUUCGUCGCCGAUCUUGAACUCGCCUCGGUGGCACGGCCAGAGGACAAAUCGAUGGAUCCGCUUUCCCCUUCGGCGGCUUUCACUGAAUAUUUUCAGGGCACUCCUUUGUUCAUGGCUGGAGAGUUUCUAGAGGAGAUGCUACUCCCAGACAAACCCAAGACGAAAGUUCGACGCGGUGUACAUCAUGACCUGGAGUCGUUUAUUCUUCUCCUCUUCUAUGCCGUCUUGAAACGCGGUCUGGAACAUCGGCUCUGGCACGAGGAGGGAGCGACUGAAUCUGCCGUCAGCUCACUUUACGGCAGCCUGUUCGGUGGUCAUACUAUCGACGACAUCCUGGUAGUGCGGGCCUGGUUUUUUUCACGACAACUGCUGUAUUUUCUCAAUGCUCUGGACGCUCCAAUGGUGUUAUUGCUCUAUGGAUGUUGGAGAAUUUUGCAAUUCCAAAGGAUCCCCGCUGAUUCUGGAAAUGCAUGCAAAUUUGAACUUCAUCAUACGAUGCAAUGUUAUUUUGGGGAAUCGAAGUUGAUCACUUUUUUAGAGUUGAACCGUAUCUAUGACAUAGUUGUCGAUAAGAUGUCAGAAGCUCAGUGGGAAUAUCAUUGAAUUUUGAUUUGGUCACAUCGAUAUCAAGAUAGUGUACUU